AUGGCGGACUCUCCAGGAGCCUCCUCGUCCAGGACGUCUACCGGCGCAGUCAUAUGGGAGAAGACCAAGGACUACUCAAGCACCGCCUACACGAAGGCUCUCAAACCUGGCUUUAACAAGGCUUAUGCUGUCGUCGACAAGCUUGGAGCCCCAGUAAACCGCCUGUCCAACAAAGUCGGCUCCGAAGCCUUCUGGCCGACAACAUUGGAUAAGGAAUCCGAAAAGGCGGCCCGAAUUCUGCGCGGCUUCUGCAAGGAUGGAUUUUACGACCAAGUCGAUGAGAAACAAGAGAAGCUGAUAGAAAAUCGCAAGGCGACAGCAGACGGUGUUCCACAAGGCAAGCAGAGGGUGUUGAAAAAGAUUCCUACAAAGGUCAUCAAAGAGUGUGUCGGCCUGGCGAUAUAUACAACCAUGCGAACCGGCUGGCUUUUUGGAGGCUCUGGCGGUGCCGGUGUGCUGGUUGCGCGACACCCAGAAACCGGAGAAUGGAGUCCUCCCAGCGGCAUCCAGACGCAAAAUCUGUCGUUUGGAUUUCUUGCAGGAGUCGAUAUUUAUGACACAGUGUUGGUCAUAAACUCAUACAAGGCCCUGGAGGCGUUCACUAAGUUACGGUGCACUUUGGGCACAGAAGUAGGCGUUGCAGCUGGGCCCGUCGGAAUGGGAGGCGCUCUAGACACAGAGAUCGUCAAACGACAGUCCCCAAUUUGGUCAUAUGUCAAGACCCGCGGCCUCUAUGCUGGUGUUGCCCUUGAGGGGAACCUUGUGAUUGAGCGAACUGACGAAAAUGAAAGAUUUUACGGUGAGCGGGUGGGAGUAUCGGAUAUUCUUGUUGGCAAACUUCGGUAUCCGCCAGCCGAGAAAUACCAGGUGCUUUUGGAUACAUUAAAAGCGGCACAGGGUGACCUGAUUGACGAUAGUCUGCUUCCAGAAGGUUUAGCCCCCAGUGAUAUGGAGCUCCUGACCGAAGGAGCACCCACCUUCGGUAUUCCCGCUGAAGAUGAUCCCGAUCCAUACGGCGUCAAGGCGUUGGAGGCGGAAGGACUGACAAUUCGGGAGGCCGGGACACAUCAAAGGCCUAGUGCCGAAGUGUUCGAAUUCAGACCCGCCCCGACCAGCCCUAUCUUCGCACAUUUCUCGCGCCGGAGUGUUGAUGGCUCAAUCAGGAGCCGAAAUUGGAGAGAUAGUACUCACAGCCUCGCCAGUGUCGAUCGAGCAACUCAAACGGACGAAGACGAGGCAAACAGUGCUGGACGCAGUCCGAACAGAAACUCAGGGCAAGGUAUCGACCCUCCCACAAAACACAGCCAGCAGGUGGACGAGGAAGAUGAGCAAGAUGGGCUUUCGCGACACCGCGAGGGAUCUCCUUCAGAUAUGGAAUCGGAUGCCGAAAUCCAGACCGCGGUCCCAAUGGUGGCACGAGCCAGAGUCGUGGAAGUACCGAAGCGUGCACCUCCCGCACUGCCACCGCGACAUCCUAAUCGAGUUGUAUCACCUACGUCAGAGUCGCAGCCCCCCGUGGACGGGUUUGACAAAGUCUCGCUGAAUGGGAGUGUCGAAGAAAGGCACGAGGCUGAGAGUAUCCGAUCGCCGACACCCACACGGGAUGCUGCUGAGUCAACUUUUCAUUCUCUUCCAGCUACGCCAGACGAAGAACGCAAGGAAAUGUGA